UUAUUUUAGAAACUUUCUUCUUUGUUAACCAUGAUGCACACCUCCUCUCCAGGAAGUGAAGAAUCAAAAAAGAAUCAAACUUGGCAAUUAUACAUAAAAGCAGAAAGGCUAAUGAAGGGAAAUGCAGAAGAAGCCAAAAUCUACCUCGAUCAAGCCAGGGAAAUGAAUACUGAAUUAGGGGAUCCAUUGCUGAAUGCUUUAAUCGUAGAGAGCUUGGCCUCCUAUUAUGAACAGAGUGACAAGUACGAAAAUGCUUUAAAAAUGGCCAAUGAUGCAAUAGUUAUGUUUAAGCAACUAUCAAAUUCAGGCCCCAUAGCGCAGCUAGGCAAUGCGAAUGGUUUAAUCUCUCUUGGAAAUACAUAUACAAAGCUUGGUAAAUACAAAGUGGCCAUCGUAAAGCCAGAGAAAGCCGUUGAAAUAUUGUUAAAGUUGGGAAAAACAGGUAAAGUUCAUUUGGGAAUUGCGUUUGGAAAUAUGGGAUAUGCAUACAAUCUCUUAAAAGAAUACAACAAAGCCAUUGAGUUAUUCGAAGAAGCUUUCAAGAUAAGUCAAAUGACAGGUUAUAAGCUUGAGGAAGCUAGGAGCUUGCAUAACAUAGGAGCAGCAUAUUAUCAGAUGGGAAAGUUUCAGAAGUCUGUUGAGUACUGUGUGAAAAGUGCACGUAUUUUCACAGAAAUUGGGAGCAAAAAAGGAGUCUCCCUUUCCUACGGAGUUCUGGCAUCCAGCUACGACCAGUUGGGUCAUUUAAACAUUUCUGAGCGUUAUCAUAAUAUCUGUAUCGAAAUCAACCAUGAUAUGAAGCAACUUUCUGACUUAGCCAUCGCAUAUGGAAAUAAAGGACUGUUUUACUACAAAAUUUCGUUAGCGAAAUUUCUCAAUUUCAGUGAUGCUAACGAAUCUUUGGAAAAGUGUAUCGAAGCUUUCAAACUUGCUAUACAAGCUACCGACGAAAUUUUGGCCAGUUUAGCACUCGACAGUAAUAAGACGGCGUUUUCAGAUAAAUUCUACCGUUGGUACGAUUGUCUCACCGGUCCUUUCAACCUACUAGGAAGAUCUACGGCUGCCCUAUUAUUUUUAAAUUUGGGAAGAGCAAAAAUAUUAAGACACCUGGUUUACAGACAAGUGAAAGACAAAGAGCAAGAUGAAGGUCAAUCGAGUUUCGAAUCAUCGUGGUUGACAAUUGAGAAUAGAGAAGAGAAAAAACGAAUUUGUGUCCUAUCUAAGGAUAUUCAACUUCUGGAGACUAAUGCUACUGUUCUGUUCUAUAAUUUCAACGACGCUGAAAUAUUAACAAUUUGGGUAUUGAACGGCAAUGGAUGUGUGUCUUUGAAAACAUCAGAUCCUAUCAGGAAUCGAAGUCGUCAACCUCUCGACAAGAACUCGAAGACAACAUUAAGAAAUUGCUCGAGAAGGCAUCCGUUGGAUUACCACGCUCGUACUCCUUUUUCAAACCGUCUACCGCUUUCCAUUUUGAAAAUCCGAAUGCCCAACAAUUGAGUUCAGAAAAUGCAGCGGAAGCGACGAAUGACAAUGAUGUGGAAGAUAAAGACAGCAGAAACAAUUACAGAUCACCUGCUAAAAAAUCUGACACACUGUGUGAUUUGACCAAAGAUACGCGUUCCUUUUUACAUAGGGUCUUGAUUGAUCCAGUGAAAAGUUUGAUAAAGGAAACUAAACUUAUCAUUGUUCCACAAAGUUGCAUAUUUUUUGCACCUUUCUCGGCAUUCAUUGAUGAAAGUGGCUGCCUGUUGUCGGAGAAAUACCAAAUUCAAGUUAUUUCCUCAAUUCAUGCACUCGCUUUGAGCAUACUGGCAUCAAGAAGCAAGAAAAUUGGAGGUUCUCUGUUUGUCGGAAAUCCAGAGGUGCAACUCCCAUCUCUGCUGUUCGCAGAAGAAGAAGUGGAAUACAUUUCAUCUCUGCUUAAUGCAAAACCGCUGACAGGGCGUAUGGCAACAAAGAGUAAAGUGAUCGAUCUUAUGUCUAAUGCGUCUAUUAUUCACAUUGCCGCCCAUGGCCAAGAAUAA